ACCAUCAAAAAGCAUGUUGCGCGUUUACGCUCCCACAGCCGGGUGCCCACCUUUAUCUCCCCUCCUCUUCCUCCUCUUCGUCUUCGGAUACCUUCCAGUCCUUUGCUUCAGGCCGGUCCUCACUCCUUCUAGUCUGCUGCGCAGGACGUCGACAUAGACAGUGCCCACCCCGCCCAUGGCCAACAAGUGGAAGCGCGCUUCCAGUCUCGACUUCUCUGACGGCAAGAUGCCCCCCCUGUCCCAGCACCCCGACAUGGCCAACCCGUUCGCUGACAACGGCCUCGAACCGGGGCACCUCCAGCGCAACAAGUCCGAGCGUAGGCGUCUGCAGCCCCUCCAGAGGACGGCCACCAAUGGCACGACACCUGCGACCCCGUACAGGCCUACGGGAUGGAUGGAGCGGUUCAACGUCUGGAUGAUCAACGAGGGUGGAAAGAGGUUGUUCUUCAUCUUCUUCAUCCUCCUCCAUAUCCUGGUCAUCCUCUUCGGUGCCUUCUACUACGGUACGAGUGAUGACCUGAUAGGCGAUCGCGCGACCUUCGGUGUGACGUACCCGAUUGCCCGUGGCGCCGCCCUGGUUCUCCACGUCGAGGUCGCGUUCAUCCUCCUGCCCGUCUGCCGCAACUUCAUCUCGCUCAUCCGCCGCACGCCUCUGAACCACUACAUUCCUUUCGACAAGAACAUCACGUUCCACAAGUCCGUUGGAUGGGGCAUCUGCUUCUUCUCCUUCGUCCACAUCGCCGCGCACAUGGUCAAUUUCACUGAGCUCGCCUUUGCUGACCCGCUCGCGACCACACCGGGAGAGCGUUUCGUCGUGUUCCUCAUUGCCAACUUCACAACCGGCCCCGGUGUCACCGGCUGGAUCAUGACCGCUGCCCUCAGUAUCAUGGCUUGGUACGCACGGGAGAAGCCUCGUCGUGCCAACUUUGAGCGGUUCUGGUACUCGCACCACCUCUUCCUUGUCUUCUUCCUCAACUGGCAGCUGCACGGCAUGUUCUGCAUGAUCCAGCCCGACCGCGCACCCUUCUGCUCGUGGAACACGAUCGGUGUCUUCUGGCGUUACUGGCUCGUUGGGGGCUGCAUCUUCACGUUCGAGCGUAUCCUUCGUGAGGUUCGUUCCCGCCACCGCACCUACAUCUCCAAGGUCAUCCAGCACCCGUCCCAAGUCCUCGAGCUCCAGAUCAAAAAGGAGAACACUCCCACCCGCGCCGGCCAGUACAUCUUCCUCCACUGCCCUGAGGUCUCAUACUUCCAGUGGCACCCGUUCACGCUCACGAGCGCGCCUGAAGAGGACUACAUCUCCGUGCACAUCCGUAUGGUCGGUGACUUCACUCGUGCGCUCGCUGAGGCGGUUGGUGCCGACUUCGGCAAGGAGAAGGGCGGAGACAGUGGCAAGGGCAGUGGCGCGGUGAACCCCCCUGUCAACCGCGUCCUCCCGCGUGUCAUGGUCGACGGUCCCUUUGGCUCGGCGUCUGAGGAUUUCCUUAACUACGAGACCGUCUUGCUGGUCGGUGCUGGUAUUGGUGUGACGCCGUUCGCUUCCAUCUUGAAGUCGAUCUGGUACCGUAUGAACAACGUCAGCCAAUCUAAGCCGACGCGUUUGUCGAAAGUCUACUUCACCUGGGUCAUUCGUGACUUCGGCUCUGCCGAAUGGUUCCACUCUCUGCUGCAAGCCAUUGAGGAGCAGGAUACUCAGAACCGGAUUGAAAUCAACAUUUACCUGACUGCGAAGAUCAAGGAGGACGACAUGAACAACAUCAUUGUCCAGGACGUCGGUGCUGAGAAGGACGCUAUCACCUCGCUCCGUGCGCCCACGCACUACGGUCGCCCCAACUGGGACAGGGUCUUUGGCUCUAUCGCGGAGAAGAACCCCGAGACGGACGUCGGUGUGUUCUUCUGUGGGCCUGCGGUGCUCUCGAAGCAGCUCCACAUCAGUUGCAACAAGUACUCGACGCCCAACGGCACCAGGUUCUUCUUCGGCAAGGAGAACUUCUGAGCGCACGGGAAGGGAUACGUACGGCGCCGCCUCGGACUGGAGAUGUUGGUCGUAGUGUGUAUCAUUAUUACGUCUGGGAGCGAGCUCCAGACGCCUGUACUUGUCUUUCGUUUUGCGCAUCUAUAAUCUUGGUAGUUGCCAUCGGUGCUUCCGCGCACUGGGGGUCUUGGGCUGUUAGAAUGCUAUAUUGCAAGGAUAUGUCCCCA